GAUGGAAGAUUGUUGUGAUGCUACGGUUAACUCCGAUACCUUUCAACCUAAUAAGUUAUUUCUUCUCAGUAAGUUCUAUCGAUCUUUUUCCUUUCCUCUGGGCGACUGCCCUUGGUGUUUUGCCCGGAACUUUUAAUGCUGUUUGGAUUGGGUCGUUGGUAAAGAGCUUGAGUCGGAUUGAUAAACCAAAAUUAGAAAAUAAAGACAUUGUCAUUAUUACGAUGAAUUUUAUCUUUGUAGCAUGUUGUGUGAUUGCUUUAUCUAUUCUUGGUAAACGAUCAUUAAGAAAAGCAAUGAUCAAAUUGCAAGCAUCAAAAAUGACAGAAUCAGACUUCAAUCAUGAUCUUCGAUCUUCUAUUGGCUCAUCAUCAUCUCCUCAAAUGACGGAUGUUGAAGUUGAAGAAGAAUUUCCUAUGAAUUCACGAGCUGGAUUUACACGUACAGAAAGAAUAAUUCUUUGCCUUAUCGGCGUCGUCUCGUUCCUUAAUAUUGCAAUAUCGGUGCCAUUAUAUUUUUAUUUUCGUUCAAUUGAAGAAAAUAAUUCUGUAUAA